AUGGAGCUAAGAUUGCAAUCAUGGUUCAAUAAUUUCUGCGCACAAGUCAGUAGUGGUGUAGAUCCCACCACCUUGACGGCAACCUCUUCACAAGCGGCCGCGACUACCGUUACCGCUACUUCGACAGCGACAUCUGGCACCGUAACAGUGACCCCUACAAGCACAUCUGCUAGCUCUUCAUCGUCGUCUCCCGAUCAAAACCAAUCGUGGAUAGAAGGUCACUGGAAAUGGAUUCUUAUGCUCGUGAUACUGGCCAUUGGACUAGCCUUACUAGCCUGGCUAGCUGUCUGGCUGAAGCGCCGCCACAGACGCAAGCUCGAAAACCUCAGAGCUACUGCUUCAGGUUUUAGCUAUGUUCCUGAGAAACGUCCUGCCAAUGGUAUCAGACGAUCUGCAACGCCCGAUUUGUGGGGUCCUCAUCAAAUGAUGCAGGCGACCCAAGGCUACGGCUAUGCUAGCGAUGAAAUCGUGCAAGCACCGAAGGAGGACAGACACAAUCGAAGUCAUCGCGGCACCGAGGCCGUGAGUAGACCUGAGAAGGACGCGAUCGAGAUCGCCGACAUCGAGAAGAAUGCUGCUAGCCUCAGACCAUCAAACAAGCGCGCUCGACCUUCAGAGCUUGAGGUCAAUGCUCGAAUGAUAGGCGCGGCUGAUCGUAGGAGCAAGAGCCGUACAAAAAUACGUCGAGAAAGUCAGAAACAUAUGGUUAAAGAGGUAGAAGCUUGA